CAAUAAAUGUUAAAACUAACUCUUUGUGUAUUGUUAGUGCUCGGCGCAACAGCCAUCAAUGUCUAAUCAUCCAUCUGGACAAAUCGUGACUAAAAGGCUCUAGCUUAAAUCCACACAUCUGGCUGGGGUAAGUUCAUUUUGAAUUAUGCCGAACUUCAUAUGUAAACAGGAGGUAUCCUUUCUGAACUCAACAGCGAAAUUGAAAAACUCGUUGGUGAAUUGGAAGAGGAAUUAGCUGGAGUCCAUCACGAAUUCAAUAGAAGAACAGAUGUUCACAACAGAGAAGUUGCUAGACUUGAAUAAGAAAUUCAAGACAAGGAAAGAGAACUCUUCAAUGCUCAUGAUUUCUAUGAUAACGUUCCUCAUCCCAUAAAGAGAUAGAUUUGCUGCCUAACUUGAAUAAUUAUAAGAAAACAUUGCCUAAAACAGAAGAACACUUUCAGAAGCUGAAGUCAAAAGAGAAAAUGAUCACGAAACCUUCGAAUCAGAAGUUGCUGAACACAACGAUGCUAUCAGUGCUAUUGAUGAAUGCCUUUAAUUGUUGAGCACAAUCGCUACCCCAUCUCUUGCUUAAAUCAAAAAGGUUUAAAAGAACCUUAGCAAAAUCCAAAGUUCAUUGAAAAAACACAACUAAUUCCAAAUCUUCGUUAAAGUCCUCUUGGAAAUCACAGUUGAAUCUAACUUUGCUGACUAAGGUGCUCUUAGAGACAUUGUUGUUGCUUUCAAUAAUUUGAGAGUUGAAUUGGUUGAUUCACUCAACUAAAUCACUGCUGACGAAGCUUAAGCUGUUACUGAUUUCAAAAACUAAGUCAUCUAAUUAAACCAAGAACAUGCUGAAUUCUAAAGAGCAGUUGUUGUUAAGAAUGCCGAAAUUGAAGCUAAUGCCACCAAGAUCGAAUAAACCCUUGACCUCAUCGAUGAACUUGAUGCUGAUUUGGAAACCCUCAAUGGAUAAUUGUAAGCUGAAAACGAUGACUAUGCCUUCGCCACUGAUGUCUACAACGCCACCGUUGCAGAAUACAAUAAGGAAAUCAAUGCUGCCAACUAAGCCUUAGAAUUGCUCAACUAACCAAGAUUCUAAGAUUAUGUUAAAUCAUAACUCAAGGGAGCAUGAUCUAUUAAAAUAACAUCAAUCAAAAGUUAUCACCAUUCUAUCAAUUUCCUUUU